ACUAGCUAGAUAGAUAGUUACAACGUUCCCAGUGUGGUGCAAUCCGCAGUUUGCUGUGCUUUGGAGGAGUCAUAAGGAAUAGCUCAACAAACAAUUCUGGCGACUUCAAACGCAAAGAUGCACUUUUUGGAACGCGUAGUCUCUUUGGUCCUGGGAAUCUGAUGAAGUCGGACCUGUGCCAUCGUUUUUUUUCGGUUUUCCUGUUGCUUGGGAAGUUGGCACGCACCUAGAUCUGUUGUAAAAUUCCUGAUCCACUGGACCUGAACUGACACGGACACCGGGGACCUGGGAUUGUAUUAAUACAGCUGCGGAUUACUGUCAGUGUGGGGGCGGAACCCGGGCUGAUAAUUGUACUUUUGCACAGUUCUCACCACCGGACUGGCCGGCAUGACAUUUGGCUAUUAAUAAACAACAUUCUAUUUUCAUUUGGUUCAGAUAUUCAUGGCAAUGGUAAAAAAGUAUUCCUCGCCGUGUAAGUUUACAAGAAUAGAGUUAAUAAUAUAACAAAUACACAUGGAACCACGCAAUUAAUCGUUUUUAAUUAUUUCUCUCGUUCACACUUGUGCCUUGUUACCCCCCCUUUUUUUUGUAAUCUCCUGUGCUGUGAAAUUUGCAAUUUUGUUUCAUGCUUCAGUUCUGGAAAACAGUGAGACUUCAUUCUGAAAACGGCAUGUUGUAAUACUAUAGAACUCCCGUUGGGAUAUACUUUACACAACAGUUCAAAAGAAUAUCCACCCCAAGUUUCAUUUGAACUGAGCUUGACGUUUAUUACUCAUUUAAUUUGUGGGAGAAAUUCUAACCCGUUCAGCGAUGUCGUUUAAGGAUAACCCCUGCAGGAGAUUCCAAGCCAAUAUUUUUAACAAAAGCAAAUGCCAGAACUGUUUUAAACCACGGGAGUCACAUUUAUUGAAUGACGAGGAUUUAAAUAAGGCGAAACCCAUUUAUGGAGGCUGGUUGCUGUUGGCCCCUGAGGGGACAGACUUUGACAAUCCGAUGCACAGAUCCAGGAAAUGGCAAAGAAGGUUCUUCAUCCUCUACGAACAUGGGCUACUGCGCUACGCUCUGGAUGAGAUGCCCAGCACCCUCCCGCAGGGCACCAUCAACAUGAACCAGUGCUCUGACGUGAUCGACGGGGAGAGCAGGACCGGGCAGAGGAGCUCCCUGUGCAUCCUGGUGCCUGACAAGGAGUACUUCAUCCGGGCUGAAAACAAAGAGAUCAUCAAUGGGUGGAGAGAGACCCUGAUCGUUUACCCGCGGAGUAACAAACAGAGCCAGAAGAAGAAGCGCAAAGUGGAGCCGCCCACGCCUCAGGAGCCAGGCCCUGCGAAGGUGGCAGUGACCAGCAGUAGCAGUGUCCCCGACAUCCACGCAGUGGACCAGGUGCCGACCAGCAAGUCCACACUGUGGCAGGAGGAGCUGCGGGGGAGAAGCACCAUCCCCUGCAGCCGGAGUGCAUCCUGCCUGUAUCAGCUGAGUCAGCCCAGUGGCCCUCAGGGAGCCCCCACUGGAACCCCCAAAGAAGAUCACAGAAGAGUGAGUGGCGAUCACGCGGGCGGAGGGCGGAAGGCUCGUGUGGAAAGUGGAUACUUCUCCCUGGAGAAGAUCAAGCCCGAGUCUAGACCACCCCCCCCGCAGCAGCUCCAGAUCACCUCCCCCACCAGGUACAGUUACCCCGACGUGGAUGCCCUGACCCCCUGUCGCUCUCCAGAGUACUGCGACCCCUUCCUCUCCUCCCACAGCCCCUCUCCCUUCAGCUCCUCCCAGAGCUCGCUGGACUCGGAGGCCAGCAGCAGCACCCAGACCAGUGGGGCGAGCUGGGAGGCGCGCUCUCACCCUGCCCGCAACAUGCGGGAGUACGCCAGCCUCGCCGACAUCCCCAAGGCAAAGAGGAUCAGCAACCGGGACGCCUUCCAGGUGGAGAAGAAGAGGCUGGAGCAGAGGACCCGCGCACGGAGCCCCGGGAGAGAGGAGGUGGCGCGGAUCUUUGGGACAGAGAGGAGGAGGUCACAGGUGAUUGACCAGUUUGAGACCCUGGACAGUGAGCAUGCUGAGCGCAUGGAGACCAGCUCCUCCUCAGAACCCUGCUCCUCCUCAUCCAGCACCUGUCGGCAGGGUCGCAACGAGAGACGCAGCUACCCCAAGAAACAGGAGCACACACUUGAGGCGUCGAAGGAAGGGUCCGUUCCUGACGUGUCGGCCCCGCCCAUCUCCCCAUAUCGCCGGGCCAAGUCACUGGACAGAAGAGCUACGGAGUCAUCCAUGACGCCUGACUUGUUGAAUUUCAAGAAAGGAUGGAUGACGAAACUGUACGAAGACAACCAGUGGAAAAAGCAUUGGUUUGUCCUGACUGAUCAGAGCCUGAGGUAUUACAGAGACUCCAUUGCUGAAGAGGCUGCUGAUUUGGAUGGUGAAAUUGACCUCUCCACCUGUCAUGAUGUCACAGAGUUUCCUGUACAGAGAAACUAUGGGUUUCAAAUACAUACGAAAGAAGGAGCUUUCACUCUCUCUGCAAUGACAUCAGGGAUCCGGCGCAACUGGAUCCAGGCGAUCAUGAAGAAUGCCCGGCCCACGACUGCUCCUGAUGUUACUAGUUCAUUGCCGGAGGAGGCCAAGGUGCACUCUACCUAUGGGAGCGCCUCUGCAUCUGGGGAGAUCCAGGAGAGCGAGGUGGACGGGGGCAGCACUGAGCAGCGCAGGAGCCGGGCACGAGAGCGCAGGCGAGAGGGGCGCUCCAAAACCUUCGAUUGGGCCGAGUUCCGCCCCAUGCAGCAGGCCAUGGCGCAGAAGGCCUCGUCUCCCUCCUCCUCAGACUCGGCUCAAAUCAGCGAAGCAGCCAGCCAGGACCCCGGCAAUAUGACUGACCUGGAGAGGGAGCGAGCCCAGCGCAGAGAGGAGCGCAGGAAGAGGUUCGAGAGUGUCACCGCUGCAGAAGAGGCGACCCGCAUGGAAGUGGACCGGGCUCCAGCCUCGCCCGAGACCAAGCCCGUGCAGGUGGAGAUCGAGCAGCGCUGGCACAAGGUGGAGACCAUGCCGCUGCGCGAGGAGAAGCAGAUCCCCAUCACCACGCUGCACUCCACUGUGCCCGUCGCGGAGCCACUGCCACCACAAGAACUAGCAGCCUUGCUCGACAAAGAGCUGGGGCAGACUCAGAGAGAGCUGAGCAGACUGAAGCAAGAGAAUCACAUCCUGCAGGAGCAGCUGGAGGGGGCCCGUGGCCGGGAGCACAGUGCACGAGAGGGCUACGUACUGCAGACUGACACUGCUGCCUCGCCUAUGGGUUCUUGGCAAAGGCUCCAUAAACUUAACCAAGACCUUCAAACCGAAAUCGAAUCCCAGCGUCAGCGCCAGGACCUGACUAACCAGCAGGUGCAGGCUUUAAAACGAAACUAUGGGGAGGCCAAGGAUGUGAUCAGGAACCACGAGGUGGAAAUCCAGAACCUGCAGACCAAGCUUAACAACACCAUGGCCGGAAUUCAAAUUAGUGAGCAAGCCAUAGUGAAAAUGAGAAGCGAUCUGAAAAUGGAGCAGAAGAAGUUCAGGGAGGGUUUGGAGGACUGGGAACACAACGAGCAGACCUUGCGCUCUCAGUUGAGAGACAGCGAGGACAGACUGAAGGACGUGGAGGCCCUACUGCUAGAGAAGAGCCAGGUUUUGAGGGACCUGGAAAGACAGCAGGCCUUGCAGAGAGACUACCAGAAGGAGGUCCAGAAACUUCAAGACAGACUUACCGAAGUCACCAGCCAACUUGUCACCACAGAGCAGGCUCAGGGUUUAAAGGAGGAAAGGGUACAGAAGAACUACAAGAUGCUGCAUGAAAGCCAUGAGAAAGAGAAGGAAUCAUUGGCUCUGAGUCUAGUUGAAGCCGAGAGGAAGGUCAGAGAGUUUGAGGACAGGCUGCAAGAAGCUGAACAGCAGGUUGACAAUCUGCAGAAGGAAAAACGAACCACCACUCUGGAGAGCAGUGAGGUAGUCCACCAUCUCGAGGAGGAGCUGGUCAUCAAGAACGUAACCAUCCAGAAGCUCACUGAAAACAUCCGAGAUCUGGAGGAGGAAAAGAAUCAGCUUACCUGCCGGUGCCAGGAGUUAAUCAGUCAGAUCACAGAGGCAGACAACGAAGUGGCCAAGCUGCAGUCCCGGCUAAAAACAGAGGAGACAGAUUAUUACAACCUGGAACACUCUUAUGAGAAAGUUUCAGAGGAGUUACAGAAGAUACAUAAAGUGAUCAGUGAAAAGGAUGAGGAAAUCAAGCAAGCCAAGGAGAUGUACGAGAGACUGAUGGAGAAGAAAGACCGUGACCUCAACGAGGCCCUAAUUAAAAUGGCGGCUCUUGGAAGUAGCUUGGAGGAAACAGAGUGCAAGUUGCAAUUGAAGGAGGAGCUGAUAAGUAAGAUAGGUCACAGUGGUUCAGAGGCAGGUAGCGCAGUGCAGAAGGAAGGGUUGCAGUGUAAGCUAGAAGCUGCAGAGGUUCGCAUCACUGAGCUUCAGCAGCUUCUCGAUGACCUGCAGUUGGGUUACAGCGAGCUCCAGCUGGAAAAUGGUAAACUUCAAGAAGACUGUGACGACCAUGAAAACAUCAGAAAACAGGAGUCAUCAUCAGCUUUAGAUCAGCCACAAACCACCAACGUUAGACCAAAAGUGAGAAUUACAACUGAUACUGGGGUAGUACUGUCUAAAAGGCAGAGGAUACGGUUCUCAAGCAUUCGUUGCCAAAAGUGUGGCCAAGAUGACACAGAGAAACUGUGGGCGAGUAAUAUAUCCUCAGAUACCAGUCAGGACAGGUCCCUAUCUGAAGAGAGUGGCUCUUCAGAUCCACCUCAUCAUUAUCUUCUUUCUGCCAACACUGACCCAGAAAGAUUUAUUUCAAUCAUCCAUUCGCUUGAAACCAAACUGUACAUCACAGAAGAGAAGCUUAAAGAUGUUACUUUAAAGCUGGAAGAACAGCAGAGCCGACAGCUGGAGGUAAUGAUGGAACAUCACAGCAAAUGGGCCAAAACCGAAACGGAGCUAAGGGAGCAACUCGGUGAAAGCGUUUCCAAAGUAGACACAUUAACAGCACAGCUACAGUUGGAAAUGGACAAGAGGCGUGCAUUUGCACAGGAAAACAUUUGCCAUAUCAGAGCUGUCCGUGUUACAUGUGAGAAGGCCCUAGUUUGCUUGGAAUCAGGCAGGGAGAAAGUCCAGUCCAUCCUUACAUGUCAUGAUGAGAAUAGCACAGAUCAGCAGCUUCAUACAUUGUCAGAAAUAGAGGUCGAGUUAGUUAAUGCUGCGAUUCACAUAGGGCAGGGACGGAACACGUUAGAGGAACAGGCGCAGAAGUGCCAAGAAGCUCCAAAAGAGAGCAGGGAGAAUGAGUUAUCUGAUGAAGAGAAGAUCAAACUAUUUGCCAAAACGUUAGCCUUUGAGGCUUUGGUAUUAAAUGAAAUGGCUAACUCAAUACAAAACCCGAAUUUAGAUCUAUUGCAGAGUCUCAGUGAAGUACACAAGGAAGCAGAGAAACUGAAAAGCAGUGAUGAGUCAUACGUGGCUAUUGCAUACACAGACGUCUUAACACAAAAGCUGAUGUUAGAAAGUGAGUUUUGGUCAGAGGUGGAAAAGCUCCAAACCCAAUUCAAAGAAACUGACAACAGUGGUCAAGAAAGCAAACCAGGGGGGCCCGGCCUGCUUGAGCAAGCUGGUAAGACUGUCGUUACUAACACCUGUAUUAAAGCCGAGCUGACAUUCGCAGUGCAGAAUUUGAAAGAGUUUUAUGAGCAGAAAAUCCAGGUGGUCGAGGGAGAUCUCCUCAAAGCUCGCAGGGACCUGCAGCAAAGGGAGUUCACUUUGAAAGAAAUUGUAAAAGCUUACAAGACACCAGAGUUGGACAGGGUUAUUCUUGAGGUUGGUGAUGAAUUUAAGAAAGAAAGGGCCAGAAAGUUAGCAGAUAUUAGCCCGCCUGAGCUUGCUCCAUAUGUAGAACAAAUAGAGAUGGAAGAAGCCCAUAAUUUAGCAGUACUGAUGGUAGAUCAGCAUCUUCAAUAUGAAACGCCUCCCUUAGCAGCUGUAGAACCCUCCAGCCGGGGCCGAGACAAACUUGCAGAUGAACUCAAACAGCAAGCUGAGGUCCUGCAGCGUUUGUCCCAAGACAUGGAGUCAACAUGUCAUUCGCAAACAGUCGAAAUCCACCACAGGUUGCAUAAAGUUUCCCACAUGCUUCCUUGCUACAUGUACACCAAUGAAAUCAACACUAGUCCUUCACUGUUAAUGAGGGAUGCGCUAAUUCAGGCACAGGUUGCCUAUGUAGCUUGCAGGAUUAAAGCAGACCAUGAAAAAGACUUAAAGCAGUGCAAGGAUGCCUACCGCAAUAUGGACACUCUGUGUCAAGAGCACGCAAAGAAUGUCAAUUCCAUCCGGGAGCGGUAUGAAAAAGCCCUGCAGGAGGAGCGCCACACUUUUGCACAAGCCGCUGCAAUUCUUAAAGACGAAAACCAAGCCCUAAAAGCUGAGGCUGCCCAUCACCUGUCCGAGCUCUCCCUCCAGCAGAGCAGGAUUCUGCAGAUGGAUGAGAGAUUCCAGCACGAAAUGGAGGAGCUGAAAAACAAAUACAAGCUUGAUCUUCAUCAAGCGCAGCAUAAACUCACUGAAGCAGAGGGGGCUCUUAGGGAGAAAACGGCAGAAAGCCAACGCAAACUAGAGACUGUUGUUCUAGAUAUUGAAAGCAUGGAAGAACGGCAUGAAGAUCAGGUCCAAAAGCUGGAAGACAGGUUUCACGGUAAAAUAAAGGAGCUGCAAAGAAUACACGAGAAAGAGAUGCUACGUCUGCACGGACACUACACUCAGACGAUUAAGGCUUUGCAGCUAACCCUGGACAAAUACAAGUCUGAGCACGUGGAGGCCUCCCCCUCAGAGUCUUGCAAGCAUCACAAAGAGCCCAGGCCAGAAGACAGCACUGCCAGGACACAGAUGCAGGGAGAGAAGUCGGAGUUGGACUCUAUGACUGUGCUGAGGGAACGGAUUCAGGAACUGGAAGCCCAGAUGAAUGUCAUGAGAGAUGAGCUGGAGCACAAACACCUGGAAGGAGACGUGUCCAGCCUGAAGGAGAAAUACCAGAAAGACUUUGAGAACUUCAAGGCAACGUGUGAGCGUGGGUUCGCUGCCAUGGAGGAGACGCAUCAAAAGGUGCUGGAGGACAUCCAGAGGCAGCACCAGAGGGAGGUGGGCAAGCUACGGGAAGAGAAGGAUCGCCUGCUGGCAGAGGAGACGGCUGCCACUAUAGCUGCUAUUGAAGCCAUGAAGAACGCACACAGGGAGGAGCUGGAGCGGACACAGCGUGCUCAGAUCAGUGGGAUGAGCUCGGACAUCGAGGAGCUCCGGAGACAAUACCAGGAGGAGCUGCAGUCUGUCCAGCGGGAGCUGGAGGUCCUGUCGGAGCAGUAUUCCCAGAAGUGUCUGGAGAACGCACAUCUGGCACAGGCCCUAGAGGCAGAGAGGCAGGCCCUCCGACAGUGCCAGCGCGAGAAUCAGGAUCUCAACGCACACAAUCAGGAGCUGAACAACCGCCUGGCAGCGGAGAUCACCCGAUUGUGGUCCUGCCACUCAGGGGAUGGAGCCGGCUCUCCUCCUCUCACACAGGGCAAGGAUGUCUAUGAACUAGAGGUUUUAUUGCGGGUCAAGGAAUCGGAAAUUCAGUACCUCAAACAGGAAAUACAUUCUCUUAAAGAUGAGCUACAGACUGCACUGAGGGAUAAGAAAUACACCACAGAUAAAUACAAGGAUAUCUACACCGAGCUCAGUAUAGUGAAAGCAAAAGCAGAGUGUGACAUUACCAAACUGAGAGACCAGCUGAUUGCUGCUACAGAGGCUCUGGGGGAAAGGUCUGCUGAAAACAGCACUGUUUCUGGCUAUGAUAUCAUGAAAUCUAAAAGUAACCCAGAUUUUCUUAAAAAGGAAAGGUCAAGCAUUAGCCGGCAGAUCCGAAGCAUGAGGUCAAAGUCUGUAAUUGAACAGGUCUCAUGGGACAGCUGAUGCACACCUGACAGUUUCCCAGUGACAGCCUGAAAGAGGGAUUGAGCGUGCAAGAGCGACUGAAGCUGUUUGAAGCAAGAGACUCCAAGAAGAUCUGAAGAGCCUGCAUGGGUGCCAUACGGACACACUCCUGUCCCCUGCUCUAGUCAGUCCCAGCUCCUUGAUGUCCUGUCCCCUUCUCCAGUCAGCCCCAGCUCCUUGGUGUCCUGUCUGCUCCAGUCAGCCCCAGCUCCUUGAUGUCCUGUCUGCUCCAGUCAGCUCCAGCUCCUUGAUGUCCUGUCUGCUCCACGCAGUCCCAGCUCUUUGAUGUCCUGUCCGCUCCAGUCAGCCCCAGCUCCUUGAUGUCCUGUCUGCUCCAGUCAGCCCCAGCUCUUUGAUGUCCUGUCUGCUCCAGUCAGCCCCAGCUCCUUGAUGUCCUGUCUGCUCCAGUCAGCCCCAGCUCCUUGGUCUCCUGUCUGCUCCACGCAACCUCAGCUCCUUGAUGUCCUGUCUGCUCCAGUCAGCCCCAGCUCUUUGAUGUCCUGUCUGCUCCAGUCAGCCCCAGCUCCUUGAUGUCCUGUCUGCUCCAGUCAGCUCCAGCUCCUUGAUGUCCUGUCUGCUCCACGCAGUCCCAGCUCUUUGAUGUCCUGUCCGCUCCAGUCAGCCCCAGCUCUUUGAUGUCCUGUCUGCUCCAGUCAGCCCCAGCUCCUUGAUGUCCUGUCUGCUCCAGUCAGCCCCAGCUCCUUGGUGUCCUGUCUGCUCCACGCAGUCCCAGCUCCUUGGUGUCCUGUCUGCUCCACGCAGUCCCAGCUCCUUGGUGUCCUGUCUGCUCCAGUCAGCCCCAGCUCUUUGAUGUCCUGUCUGCUCCAGUCAGCCCCAGCUCCUUGAUGUCCUGUCUGCUCCAGUCAGCCCUAGCUCCUUGGUGUCCUGUCUGCUCCACGCAGUCCCAGCUCCUUGGUGUCCUGUCUGCUCCAGUCAGCCCCAGCUCCUUGGUGUCCUGUCUGCUCCAUGCAGUCCCAGCUCCUUGAUGUCCUGUCUGCUCCAGUCAGCCCCAGCUCCUUAAUGUCCUGUCUGCUCCAGUCAGCCCCAGCUCCUUGAUGUCCUGUCUGCUCCAGUCAGUCCCAGCUCCUUGGUGUCCUGUCCCCUGCCCCAGUCAGCUCCUUGGUGUUGAUGUUCUCUGCCGCGCUACUUCUGCUGUUACACGUUCUGCACCGGUUCAACAAAGUGACUCCUUUUCUGCAGGCAGCCUGUGCGUGUCUGUGUGUGUAUGAACUCAUUGUGGUUUAGCUUUUGUUCUCUCUAUACUGCAGUUACCCCUCCCAGGCCAGACAUGCAGCUACAUUUUAUUUCAUGCGUUCCCAAAAUAAUAAUAAAAAAAACCCAGACAUAUCAUUGGAAUGGUUUUCUUUUUAAAUUUGAUUCAUUUCACACAAGAUAGCUUAACCUGCAGAAGCCAUUAUUUGGAAGUGCACAGAAAUAUUUGAUCCUACAGUUUGUUCAAGUUGGGCAGCAGGUGGGCGCCAGGUUAGAUGACAAAACAUUUUUUCUGGCCUUGACAAGAAACUAUAAACAUUGAUGGUUAAAAGUAACUAUUUUCAGAUUCAUAUUUUGUAUGUAAAGUCCCAGUUAUCCCAUGCGGUAUAGUCACUCCUCAGAUGUCUACUUGCUUUUCAAUGUGCUGCGUUGAAAUCUUUAGUAUAUCUUGUCCUUGGACUUAAAUGCCAAUUUGGAAGAUUCUGCUUCAAACAACCGUACUGGCGCUGGAACAAACAGAACCACAAAGUGCUGAUUAGUACAGCAACAGGGAAGACAUUUAUAGCUGCACACUACCUGUUCUUUGCAGUGUGUCUGUAUGAUUACUGAAUAGUGACAAAUUCUUAAAUCCUGAGAAUGGACAUUAUAAAGACAAUGAAAUACCUUUCUGUGUAGUAAUAAAUGUCCCUGGUGUUUCUGGACUGGAAACAGUAGAUAUUAAACAGUAGAUAUUAAUCCUCCUUUUUGUUUGAAGUUUGGUUCCCAUGCUUGUGUCUAGAUGUGACUGCUUACUAUCUGUGGCUGCUUUUGUUGCUAAACCUAGAUGCUAAGGAAUCUUCAGCCAACGUGCAUAAGUGUAGUUCAAAUACAAAAACACAUUACUUCUUUUAAAAAAAACAAAGCAUUUUGUAUACCACACCAGUAUGGAAAGAUAUAUCUGAACACAGUGUUAUUCCUAUUGCCAUUGGUGGAGCUGUGUUUGAGCCGCUGCUUCUGAUUCCAGCCUGAUGUUAUGUAUGGUGAUUUUAAAAAGCAACCAACACAGCACAGCCUGCUGCAUCCCAUUUGCUGAGUCUGGUCUCUAGUGUUUUUUGUAAAUGCAGAUCCCACUAAAUGCUGUAUUAAUAAAAUACCAUGGCUAAAUAAGAGAUUCUAGAAAAUAAGAUACAAAGCUGUCCUGUGCUUCCUUGUGCAGUCUUGUCUGUUUUAUAUUUCCAGCGUGUUGGAUGUGUGUGAAACCAAAGGCCAAGAACCAAGCUGAAGGCAAUUUUACAACAGAAAAGAUGGGUUGCGUAAAGUUCAGAGUUUGUGCUCUGAGAUGUCUCCCAGCUGCCUGCAAAAUUAGCAAAUUCAACAGGUGUGUUGGCUAUUGAAGCAGAACCACAACAUAGAAAUAUUCACAGAAUGCAGUUUUACUUUACAAAAGUUCAAUAUACUGUACAAGAAAGAAACGAGCUAACUGUGUAACACAACAUUCUGUAUGUAAGAGGGUUCCUAAAUGUACUGUCUGGGUGUCCUUGCUGUCUUAAUGAAAUGUACAGCUAUUUAAAAAGUAUUAAGCCAGGUGGUAAAUUGCUAUAGACAAGAACUGUAUUGUAUAUUCCGCAUUCUACUAUAUGAAGCAAACAUUUUGCCACUAGAAUGGUUAAAGCCUUUUGAAACAUGCCAUUCUAACAUUUCUUUUAAAAAGAUGCUGCAGGAAAUAGUUUAUCAACAUUGCUGGAGCUGAAAAACAAAGUAUUAAUACAUGUAACCCUAAACUCAUCUUACACAAGUAAUAAGAGAAAAUAAAUGAAGGCAGAAAAUUGACAAUGCUUAUUUUCUCAUAGGUUUUCUAUGAUGAGUUACUGUAAAAGACUGCCAACAGUACAAUACAAGCAUGUACCUUCAAAUAAAGCACUAUCAAAAACAUGCAUGAUUUCAUUUAAUGAAAGUACCAACAUUGUGCAUUUAAUUUAUAUAUUAUAAUUUGUGCGACUCAUGACUUGGCUAAUUCUAUUUCGAUGGGGAAAAUUUAGUCACAGAUGUUGGUGAAACUUACUUCAUGCAGUGUCUUGAGUAAACUAAACAAAGUGGACAAUGCAAACGGCUUCAUUUUAAACACUGCUAUUAAAGUUUUAUUGAUCCACACUCACUCUCUUUUUUCACCUCUUAAUAAAUUGUUGUUUUGUCUUACUUUAUAAUUUAAAAGCUGUAUAGUAUUCAAAGCACGCUUUGUAAAUAUUUGUUACACAGAAUUUAGUUUUUUCUGUUUUAAAUCUAUAUCUUGCUAAUAGCUAUACAUAUUUUAAUUUAGAGUGUUAACAGAGUUGUGUUUGAAUAAAUGCAGUAUUUUCUGAAAUUCAAAACAGAUAUGGGAGGCUAUAUCGUCUUCACCUGCCCCCCCCCCCCAAAUUACAUUUUGAAACAUUUGAAUGCUCCUCCCCCAAGAGUUGAAUUUAAAAACCAAACCAGACACUAGUCUAGAUAUACUUGGACUUGGAUUGAACGACUGGCCUUGCCUGCUAAUGUUACACUAUUUAAAAAUGUGUCCUGGUGCUGCACUAUUUUUAUUUUGGCUUGCAUGUGAAGCCAAAAGCUCAGUGUUAGUAAAUGACACACUGUUCUCGAUGGCUUUGGCAUGCUAGUGUAAUACAGGAAUUUACUUUUACUCUUAGUCUUCAUCUUACAUGGCUGGUUUCACAGACUCACCAAUCUUGGACCACCACGUGUUGCUUUAAGAAGGGUAGUGCAAGAUCAGUGAUGGUCUGUGAAACCAGCUGAUAGUGAUAUAGACUAAAGAGGCUCAAACUACCAGUGAGGUAGAACCGGGCAUUGCUAUAUUGUGGUUAGGCUGGUCUUUGGAAUCACAGCACAAUAUCUGUACAAAAUGCUCAUUGUUUUAAGGCUGGUUUCUAGAUUUGAAUUUCAGAAAAGGGUCAGUGUUUGGUAAGAUGUUGUCAUUCUGUGUGUAAAAACAGCUAUGAAAUAUCUUUGUUCCUACGCUAUCUGAUGGCAAUUAACUGUUAACUGUAACUGGAAACAUCACCCGUCACAAUAUUUAUUACUGGACUGUAUGGCUUUUUAUUAGAUUGUGGUUUUAGCUGUCGUUUUUAUUUUGUAAAUAUGAAAACCCUUUAUAUAAUCUAUAACAGUAAUAAAAUAUUUUUGCACCA